AUGGGUCCAGAUAUAGCCAGGAGCCCUCUGUUCAUUGGUUCGUUCUACAAUCAAUGGGAUCGGCAUCCUACCUGGACUCUUCUGGCUACCUUGUUUGUUAUCUUUGUGCUGUUCCGAGUCUACGAGACGGCGAGACAGUACCGGCGACUGCGGCACUUUAAAGGUCCUCCUCUGGCAGCUGUAUCCAAGUCGUGGCUCCUCAAGACCGUGACGGGAUCUCGGGGUCAUCUCGAGUUCUACAACGUGACAAAGAAAUAUGGAUCCCUUGCGCGCAUCGGCCCCAAUGACCUCCUCAACGACGACCCUGGCCUCAUGAGGCGCAUGCUCGGCGUGCGGAGCGGGUACCGGCGCUCAGACUGGUACGACGGCAUGCGCUUCAACCCGUCGAGGGACAACGUCCUCUCCUGCAGAGACGAGGAUGAACACACCAAGCUUCGAUCAAAGAUGGCCGCGGGCUACUCUGGCCGCGAGGUCCCGGCCUUUGAGCAAAAGAUUGACGACAACCUCGUCCGGCUGAUCAGACUCAUUGAACGCUACGUCGACGGGAGGGAACCAUUCGAUUUUGGGAGAAAGGCGCAGUUCUUCACGCUGGACGUCAUUUCGGAUCUCGCGUUUGGGGAGCCGUUUGGGUUCGUGGCGUCUGAUUCGGAUAUGUACGAGUACAUCAAGACGACGGAGGAGAAUUUGCCCGUGUUUAUGGGCAUGACUGUUGUACCCUGGGUUAUUAGAUUGUUCCGGUAUCCUUUUCUUAGGUCGAUGUUGCCUACGGCGAAGGACCCGCUGGGUUUUGGUAAGGUGAUGGGAAUAGCCAAAAGGUUCUCCGCCGAGCGAUUUGGUCCUGAUGCGAAAGUCGAGAGGGAUAUGCUGGGUUCCUUCGUCGCCCAUGGCCUCACGCAAGAGGAAGCUGAAUCCGAGAUCCUGCUCCAGAUUAUCGCCGGCUCCGACACAACAGCAACAGCAAUCCGCGCCACGCUCCUCUAUAUCAUCACGAACCCCCGCGUCCACAAUAAACUCCUGGCAGAGAUCCUCUCUGUAUACAACACCACUGCUCGCCGUCCCAUCAUAUCCGACGCCGAAGCCCGCAACUUACCCUACCUCCAAGCCGUCAUCAAAGAAGGGCUGCGCAUCUUCCCGCCCGUGGCGGGUCUGAUGGCAAAGCAGGCGCCGCCAGAGGGCGACACGUGGAAUGGCGUCUUCAUCCCCGGCGGCACGCGCGUCGGGUGGUCUUCAUGGGCCAUGUUCCGCCGGCCAGACGUCUUUGGCGACGACGCGGACGAGUUUAGGCCGGAGAGGUGGCUUGCCGGUCAGGGUGAAGAUGCAAAAGAAGAAGACGGGACGGCAGGCGCAGCAGAGAAAAAACUGCGCGAGAUGGAGGCUACGAUUGAGUUGAUUUUCAGUUAUGGGCGGUAUCAGUGUCUUGGGAGACCGGUCGCGUUGAUGGAGUUGAACAAAGUGCUCUUCGAGCUGCUUCGACGACUGGAGCUCACCAUCUGCGAUCCGUUGGAUCCUUGGAAGACUUUCAACUGCGGUAUCCACGCACAGUCUGAGUAUUGGAUCCGGGCCCAGCGGAGAAGGUGA